UAGAUGAACAAGUGGCUGGUGUUGCUUUUGCUAUAAAAAUAAUUACAAGAAAAGAGACCCAAAAACUGUCAUACGUUUCUGGGGUUUUAUUCUUCUUGUGUUGAGGGAUUUAAUUCGUCAUGUGGGUCCACUUCAGUUUUUGUUUGGUUUUAAUAGCAACAUCAAAUAAUUAAAGGGUUUCAACUUCUAUCUGAAUUUUGAGAUCUGCUUAAAUUUUCUCUUUCUUUCUUUCCGUUAAUUGAGGAUAAGAUGGUUUUGGGGUUUAGAGGGAGGUUUUUUGGUCUGUUUGAUUGAUUCUUUGUAACCAUAAUAAUAAUGGGUUCUUCUUGUUUUGGUUGAAAUUGAUAAGUUUUUCUUUUUCGAAGGAGGAUGAAUUGGGUUUUAUGGGAAUUCAAGGCUUGUUGGAUUGGAAUUGGAAAGGUUUAGAAAAACAUUUUUUCUUUUUGUUGGAUUUGAGGUUGUUGAUGGUGUGACUGGGUUAAAGAUUAAGGUUUUAUCUUAGGAUGGAUGAAUCACAGGGCAGUCCGAACUCGCUGCCGCCUUUUCUUGCAAAGACGUAUGAGAUGGUGGAUGAUCCUUCGACGGAUUCAAUUGUUUCUUGGAGUCAGAGCAAUAAGAGUUUUACCGUAUGGGAUCCACCGGAGUUUGCCAGGGAUUUGCUGCCCAGAUUUUUUAAGCAUAAUAACUUCUCUAGCUUCAUCAGACAGCUCAAUACUUAUGGUUUUAGGAAAAUUGAUCCCGAGCAAUGGGAAUUUGCUAAUGAAGAUUUUAUAAGAGGUCAACCAUUUCUAAUGAAGAACAUCCAUAGACGGAAGCCAGUUCAUAGCCAUUCGUUGCAGAAUCUUCAAGGACAAGGCUCUAAUCUGCUGACUGAUUCAGAAAGACAGAGUAUGAAGGAUGAUAUAGAGAGGCUUAAACGUGAUAAAGAAGCACUUAUUUUGGAGUUACAAAUGCAGGAACAAGAGCGGAAAGGAUUUGAGAUGCAAAUUGAGGGUUUGAAAGAGAAGUUGCAACAAAUGGAACGAAGACAACAAACUAUGGUAUCUUUUGUGACCCGAGUAUUGCCUAAACCAGGUCUCGCCUUAAAUCUAAUGCCGCAGUUGGAAGGUCAUGAUAGAAAGAGAAGGCUGCCGAGAAUUGGUUGUCUACACAGUGAAGCCAGUAGUAAUGAGGAUAAUCACACGGUGACUUCCCAAGCUCUGUCUAGAGAAAAUGCAGAUGGUAAUUCUUUUGCCCUGUUAAACAUGGAGCAGUUUGAGCAAUUGGAAUCAUCCCUGACAUUCUGGGAGAAUAUGGUAAAUGAUGUUGUUCAAACCCACAGUCAUAACGCCAAAACGAUAGAGAUGGAUGAGUCUACAAGUGGUGCAGAAAGUCCAGCUAUAUCUUGUGCACAACUCAUUCUUGAUUUUCGCCCUAAAACACCUGGUAUUGACAUGAAUUCUGAACCUUCUAUAGCUGUUGUGCCAGAGCCUGUUUCACCGAAGGAACAACCUGCUGGGACUGCUCCCGCUGUGGCAACUGGAGUCAACGAUGUAUUCUGGGAACAGUUUUUAACUGAGAAUCCUGGUUCAACUGACACACAGGAAGUUCAAUCUGAAAGAAAGGAUUCUGAUGGUAGAAAAAAUGAAAUAAAACCUGGUGAUCCCAGAAAAUUCUGGUGGGAUAUGAGGAAUGUAAAUAAUCUUACAGAGCAGAUGGGGCAUCUUACUCCUGCUGAAAGAACUUGACUUUGGUUGAUAAUUUUCUCAACUUCUGAUGCCUCAGGGACACACAUGUAAUAAAUUAGGAAUGAUUGGUUCAAUGAGGUUGCAUUAUAUUUUAUAUUUUGAUCUCAUUGUGAUCUCUUAUUUCAUAUUACGUUUCCCUUGUCAAUAUUAAGUUGUAUUAUAGCUUGCAUGGUUACAGAGUCGCAGACUCCUGUUUAGCUUUGCCUCUUUUGUUAUACAGUAGUAACCAUACAGUUAUUAAACACUGUCUAUCAGUCUUAGCAAUGAAAAUUCCUUUGUAACCUUUCUGUA